AUGCUAGCAGCAGACUCAUCUAUAAGGAGCCAGCAAACGGCUCAACUCAUCAAUGAAGCAAGCAGGCAAGUUCCGACGCGAAAGAUCGUAUUUGAUUCAAUACUCGCCAACGAAAUCUCAAACGCUGCCUUCAUCUUCAACCAAUCAACAUUCUCAACAUCAGCAUCAACAUCGCUACUGCCCGCAGAUGUGGCAUUCAGGGACUUGAUUAAGAGCCAUCCGAGAGAUGCUGCUCAUGAAGUACUACAUCAAAAGGACGUGUUCUCAAAUCUCAAAUCACAGUAUCUACAUAUCGCACACAAGAAGCUCCUCCUGGAACGCAUAUUGGCUUUUCCUCCGGAGUUGGCCAAGCAGCAGGAUGUGUUGGAUCUAGAGACAAGAGUACAGCAAACUAUCGAGACCAAGAAGCUUGCUAAAGUGGCGGUUGAAGAUACCAAGAAGGAGGUAGAAGAAAUGGCGAGGGAGAUCUACACAGCAUAUGAAACGUUGAAGAACGACGUCCAACAGCUUUUGAGGUCGUCUACUGAUGUAUCAGCAUUGCAACAGCAAUUGAACGAAAUCGAAGCAGACGAUGAAGGUCUUCAAUCGAGUCAGAUUCAAGAACUUGAAUCGUCGAUACAAAAAGAGAACACAAAGAUGAAAUCCAUUCAAACACAAAUGUCUGCAGUCACAGCCGAAAUCGAAUCUACACAGUCAAAAGUCCAAGACAUGCAGGACAAACUAUCUGUACUAAAUCCACAAAAAGUAACAGCCCAACAACAAGCAGAAGAUGCUAUACGUGCUACUCAACUUCAGGACAAGUCGGUUGAAGAAGUUUGUAGUUGGUACAAGAGAAUGACUCCUCUGCUCAUGACGAUGUUGGGACUCAAGUCUGUGAAAUCCACGAGUACAACGUGUAUGCAGAUGGUGUUUCAGGUUGCUAGCAGUGAGCCUGAACAGGAUGCAACUCUGCAAGUAUCGUUGGGUGAAGGUGUUGCCGAUGUUGAUGCCAAGUUUCUGGAUUUGACGCUACCUCUACAGGAAACAAUUCGAGAAUGUCGACACUACGCUGGCAAGAGACUCGAUGACUUGGUACCCCUCUUGAUACGUAAAUCUAUUGAUCUGGCACGUCGACAUGUAUUGAAGAUGCGUGAAUUGAGAGGAAUGGACGGCAAGGAUAUUGUAUAUGAUGACUUUGGACUGAUUAUUGAAGGAUUGGGGAAAAAGUCUGGUAAGAAAUGGAAGUUGCUUGUAUCAUCGUCGUAUCCUAGAGGUGUAGCUGGUGGAAUCACAAUAGAGGCUUGUGGUGGUGUGGAGUUGCAACACGUCAAGACCAAGAUAUCAACAGCACAACUCCACACUUUAUCUCAAGUGAUUCCGAUGCUCAAUGAGGAGGACUUGUAG